CACACACUUGCACAUAUAUUUAUCAAUCAAUCAACUAAUUUAUUGAUUGAUUGGGUAAACAUUUUUUCUCUGACUUUUAUCGUUUACUACCUGUAUAACGGCAAUUUUUUUUAUGAUGAUGUAAAAAAUUAUCGCCAAACACGCCAAUACUUUGAAUAGAUGAUUGUGAACAAUUUUUUUUCUACCACAUAUAUAUAAAUAUUAAUGCGGUAAAGAUGUCAUAUAUCGAUGACGUUUGGUUACGAUUACAACUUCAUUAAUUCCAUCAUCGAUCUUCAUCAUUCAUCAUCAUUAUUGUAUCGAUAUAUGAUAUACUCCUACACGUCAGAACAUAGAAUCAUUGAAUUUUCCAGAAUCAUAUUAUUAUUGUGUUUAUGAGUGCAUGUGUUCAUAUGUGAUGUUCUUUUCCUGUGAUCAUCGUCUACUGGCCAUCAUAUUGUGUUCGAUUUGAAUAUUUUAUUAUUUGGUGUUUAUAUGUGAAUUCUAAUUUGCAAAAAGAAAACAAAAACAUACGAAAAUGUUUUCAAAAAUCAAAGGAAAAGUGCUUGGUCGAUCAGGCAAAGGUAGUCUAAAAAUCAAAAUACCGGAUACGACACAACAAAAAUCAAAUGGAUCAACAUUACCAGCCAGCACUAAAAUCAUUAUGGAUUCUUGUAAAGAAAAUGUUGACCAUAAAAGUUCAACACUUACACCUAAUAAUGUAGUCAAAUCAUCAAUAACUGGUUCAAUUGAUUCAUCACAUACAUCUGCUUCAUCAUCAUCAACAUCAUCGAAUAAUUCAUCAUCAUAUCAUACAGCAAAUGAUGUAGAUUUCAAUAUAAAAGAAUUGCUUGAAGGUCGAAUCGAUUUAAAAGUCCGUAUUAGACAUUUAAAUCAGGAAACAAAUUUUAGUGUUGAACGUCAGAUGCCAUUAUAUGAUGUGCUGGUCAUCAUUGCCAAUCAAUUUAGUUUGAAUCCAGCCGAUUAUUCAAUCAUUGCUUCUGCUGAUGAUGAUGAUCAAGGUGAUGAUAAUGGAAACAAAACUCAAAAAAUGAUAACAUUAAAAUCAAAUCCUGUCGGUUUAAUUGGAACGGAUCGAAUUUCAAUAGUGCCAAAAAUACGUAAAAAUCGUAACAAUAAUGGUCUUCCAUUUACAAAAACAAUUCGUUUCACAAUAAAUUUACCACAAAAUCAAUUGAUGGUCAAACGUAUUCAACCAUCUACCAGUUUUCAUGUGAUCAAAGAAAUGAUUUGCAAAGAAAAAUCUCUAGAUUCAUCACGUUUUUUAUUAGUCAAACCGAUUAAAAAAUCUGAAUCAUUAGUAGUGAUUGAUUUGGACCAAUCACCUGAUGAUUAUGGUAUAAAUGAAGUGACUGUAAUAUCACAACGAAAUUAUGAACAAUUAGCCAAACAAUUCACAACCAGUUCACGUUCAUCAUUAUAUAUUGGAAUGAACGAUGAUAUCGAUGAUAAUGGCCAUUCAAAUCGUCUAAAUGCUCAACAAAAUGAUUGGAGUCAAUCAACGCCAAAUUUAUCAAUUAUGAAUAGUAUGAAUCGAAUGUCGACAACACAAUCGGAUACAUGUUCGAUUGCUUCAUCUCGUAGUCGAUGUUUUAAGAAGAAACCAGCACCACCACCUCCAUUAUUUCAGAACAAUGGUCAUAAUUCAUCACCAACCAAAUCAGUACAAAAUCUAAGCGUAAUUCAUGAUGAUGGCGAAGAAAUUGAACAAGAGCCAGAUACCGCACUUACAUCCACACCAUCGGAUUCAUAUUUUGAUUCAUCGAAAUUAACCAGAUCAAUAACAGCAGAUGAAAUAGUCGUUAAAAAUCAACCAAAACCACAAAAUACAAACAUUAGUGAUAUGCAUAAAAUACGGUUAAUUCGACAAAAUUCUGGUUCUGAUUCCAGUGGUUAUCAUGAACGACUAUCACAAGCAACAAACGAAAUCGACACACCAACACCAACCGAUUCAAAUUCACCACAGCCACCAUCUUCUCUUUCACCUGUAUCGAAUAAUUCUUCUGAACAAUAUGAUGAUAAUCAAAAAUCAAUUGACAUUGAUGAUACGGACAAUAACAAACUAGUCAAUGAGAAAACAAUUCAUUCAUCAUCAUCAUCAUCACAAAUAAAAUUAGCUACUGAACCUCCAAAACCAGCAUCAAGAUCGUUAAAAUCCAAUCCAUCAUUUAAUCACACAAAUUCCAAAAAACGACGUGCUCCUAUGCCUCCUGUACGUUCCAAACGAUCCAGUCCAAUUCCACCAUCAACUACACCUACUUCACCUUCUCUACAAAUAAUUAGCUCGAAUAAUAAUUCAAUAGAUUCAUAUAAUAGUAGUAGUCGAAUAGAAUCACCAUGUUGUACGGAAACAAGUGAAACAGAAUUGCCAAAUUCACUUUGUUGUUCAGAGGAAUCUAAUCAAGAGCUUCCAUCUAAAUCAUUGAAUCUGAUUGAUGAAUUAUCCGCAACAAGUCCUACAUCACCAUCGGUUACAGAUACUAUUGAUCAAAAUGAAAAUGAUUUUAAAAUCGAUACGCCAACAACAGAUGGCGAAAGUGAUGCCAAAAAUGAUUUACAAAUUCAAAAAAUUUCCAAUAAUCAAGAUGAAGAACAAUUUGUACAAACCACAUUGAAUACGACUGUGAUUAUGGCCGAAAUUCAUCAUCAAGAACCUAAUAUUGUUGAAAAUCGUAUUGAAACCAACGAAUUGAAUAAUAUGGAACAUACAAAUGAUGAUGAUGGCCCAAAUGAAAUUGUUGAUGAUAAAAAGGUCAAUGUCGAAAUGGCUACGGAUGACGUUGUUGUUGUUGUUGUCGAACCUGAUGUCGACCUAAAUACAAAUGAUGUUAAUAAUAUUGUUUUAGAAACUGAAAACAACGAAUGUAACAAAAUAUCGGACAUUGUUUUGAAUGAACAACAACAACAACAAAAAGAGAUACAAAAAAAACGAUCACGUUGGCUACAAUUAUUGGAUGAAUAUGGCCAAGAUGAAGACGAUAGUAAUAAUGAACAAAAUAAUGUAUGCACACAUAAUGAUGGCCAACAACAAUGUAAUGAAUGUCGUUAUUAUAUUGAAAAUUUUGAUCGUUUACGUUUAAAAUUUCAAAAUUUGAAUGAUGAUCAUCAAACAGCGUCAACAUCAGGUGAACAAAAAUCAGUGCAAAACGACAACGAAACAACAACGAUAAAAGAGCCUGAAGUGAUUGACGGCAAUAUUAAUGAAAAUUAUUAUCCUGCGCAUCAACAACAACAACAACAGCAGCAGCAGCAACAACAACAUCAAUCAGACAACAGCGAUAAAAUUGAUGUCGAUGUUCAAACAGCCACAAACACCAAUGAUAAUAACAAAAAUGGUAUUGUUACCGUUGAAUUAAUCGAUAAAAUUGCCAACGGUAACCAAGUUGACAACGAAGAAAUGAAACAAAAAUCUGUUGAUGGUGGUAGUGAACCACUUGUUGUCGUUUCAGAUUGGCAACAGCGAUCAUCAACAUCGAACAAUGAUGUUAAAUUCACAUCGAUAAUUAAUAAUGAUAAAAUUAAUGGAAAUAAAAUCGAAACCAACAAUAAUGACCCAAUUGGAAUUUCGGAAAAUCUUGAUGAACAAGUAGAAGUUGCGCUAAAUGAAUUGAAUAAUACAUUAGAUCAAUGUGCAGCCACAAAUUCAUUCAAUGAUGAUGAGGAUGUUGAUGGUAAAAUGUCAUCAACAAAUAGUUCUCAUAUUAAUGUUAAUGAUCAAAUUAAAACAACAACAACACAACCGACUUCAUCAUCAACACAAUCAUCAUCUGGUCGUACAACCAAAGUAGUGAUUAAAUCAAUGUACGAUAAUAAUAACAAUGGUAUCAAUCGAUUAUCAUCCAGUUCAUUUUCCGUACGUGAUGGUAUACGUAAAUUUAAUACUAUAAAUGUUUCAAAUCAAGAUUUAUCUAGUCUACGUUCAACAGUGAAUCCAUUCGUUCGACGAUCAACAUCGAAAAUUUGUCAUGAUGAUUGUGAUGAAAUGCCAAAAGUGAAUAGAAAAUUAAAAAAUUUUCAAAUUGGUUCAUUCGUUGAAUGUCGUCCGGCUGUCGAUAUUUAUCAACAGAAUAAACCAAUGAUAAUGACCAAUGUUGUUCAAAAAAAUAAUAAUAACAAUAAUACGAAAACUUCAUCAACUGUAAUCACAAUCAAUUCAACGAAAACAACAGCUACCAUAAUCAAUGGUGUUGCGAAUAAUUUAUCAUCUGUUGUUGUCUCGAAUAAUAAUAAUAAUAUUAAUAAUAAUAAUCAUGAUGAUAAAUCAAUGAGGAACCAAAAACCAGCCUUAAUAAUUAAGGAUGAUCAUGAUAAACAUCAUAAUUAUAGCAAUCAAAGCAAUAAAUCAUCAAUAUCAGCGAAUAAUAUAGAACCAACAACAAUAGAACAGCGUCCAAACAACAAUCGACCAAUGUCGGCCUAUGUAAUCAACAACAAUAAUCUGAAUGAUGAUAAAAACAGAUUCGCAAAACAACAUUCGAAUGGCUUUGCAACCAAAUUGUCACCAUCCUCCUCAUCAUCAUCUUCGGCAACAGAUUUCUUACAAGAACUUAAAAUCAAAAGUAAAACCUGGAGUCAUCGUAAUGGAAUAGAAUUCUCAAAUGCAGCUUACGAUGAAGUCGAUGAUCAAACGUCGGAACCAAGAAAGAUGAAUGGUUCUGUUUUCAAUGAGCGUAAAAAUGACGAUAGUAUAUCGAUUCCAACUUCGGCGCCGCCGCCACCGCCACCGCCACCACCACCACCACCAGCACCAUCACAAUUAAUACAACCAGUCAAUCGUAUGGUUACAUCACAGAAAUUGUUUGCACCGAAAGGAUGGAAUCAAAAUGGUUCGGCAAAACCGGGCAAUAUUCGUUCACCAUUACGUAGUAUUUCGAUGGAUUUAUCGAAAACUAAUAAAUCGCCAGUCGAUUCUCGUUGUGCACUUUUGAAUGAAAUUAAAAAUUUUCACAAUAAUUCCCGAUUAAAAAAGGUUACAAGCAAUCAGCCAUUCAGUCUAAAAAUGAACUGAUUCCUAUGAAAAAUGUUUUAUCCUCAAUCAUGACAAUCAGAUUUAUUUACCCCCAAUUCAUUAUUGUGAUUUCCUUGUUUUAUGAAUUUGUUUUUUUUUCUUUUUUUUUCUCUCUUCAUAAACAUAAAACAUUGUCACACACUAUCGCGUUUGACAUCAUUAUCGUUCACACAUUAUUUGUUUGAUCUAUUGUCUUUUUAAUCAAUGCAAUCUUUCAUCUUUUCCGAUUUAACUGGCCUCAGAAUUUUGUUUUUUUUAUUAUUAUAAUAAAUGUAAUAAAAAUGAAUUUAUAUG